AGUCUGUCACUCACUGCAGUGUGUGCGCGCGCCCCGACAGCGCUGGAUUAUUCCUCUCAUCCGAUCCUACGCUUCUGUUGUGUUUGAGUUGUAACAGCAGCUGAGAGGAUGCGGGUUCGAGUGCUUCUCCUGAUUCUCACGGCAGUCCUCAUUGCGCAUGCGCAAGUGCCAAUGCCCAGAAGGCUUCGCUUCAGAGAGUUGAGCUCCAACAGGCUGAGUGUGAGCUGGAAGGAGCCGAAGGGAGAGUUUGACGGAUACACACUCGCGUACAGCACCGGCUCAGCAGGAGCCGAGCAUGAGCUGAACGUGAGUAAGUCUGAGCCCAGAGCCGUGAUCGAGGGGUUUGACCGCAGGAGAGAGGUCAGUGUGAAGGUCACGGCCCUCAGAGGGAAGGAGCGGAGCGAAGCGCUGCAGGGCAGAUACAGCGGAUCGGGAUCGGAGGUGAGUGUCGUCGGGGUGCCGCUCCAUCAGCAGGGCAGUGGCGGGUCAAAUGAUGGCAUCACUGGAGAGGACAUCUUCACAUGUAAGACUCCAGCUGUCGCCGAUAUCGUGAUCCUGGUCGACGGAUCCUGGAGUAUCGGCCGGAUUAAUUUCCGUUUGGUGCGGAUGUUCCUGGAAAGUCUCGUCAGGGCCUUCGCGGUCGGUUCUGAACACACACGAGUUGGGCUGGCGCAGUACAGUGGGGAUCCUCGGGUCGAGUGGCAUCUAAACACCCACAGCACUAAAGAGGCCGUGAUCGACGCUGUGAAGAAUCUGCCUUAUAAAGGAGGAAACACACUCACAGGUCUUGCUUUGACGUAUAUUUUGGAGAACAGCUUUAAACCUGAAUCUGGAUCCCGACCUGAGGUUCCUAAGAUUGGGAUUCUGAUCACGGAUGGGAAAUCGCAGGAUGAUGUUCAGUCUCCUGCUCAGAGACUCAGAGAUGCUGGGAUCGAGCUGUUUGCUAUCGGGGUGAAGAACGCGGAUGAGAAUGAGCUGAGAGCCAUCGCCUCACCACCCGAGGACACACACAUGUACAACGUAGCGGACUUCAGUGUGAUGAGCUCCAUUGUGGAGGGAGUGACCCAGAGUGUGUGUGAGCGCGUCUCUGAGAUCAGCCGAGAGAUCAGCGGUGAGACAGAGUCGCAUUCAAGGUCACUUGACGCUCCCAGUGACCUUGUGACCUCUGAGGUCACGGCCAGGAGCUUCCGUGUGUCGUGGACUCACGCUGCUGGGCCGGUGGAGAAGUACAGAGUGGUGUAUUAUUCAUCCAGUGGAGUCAGACCUGAGGAGGUGGUGGUGAACGGUGACGAGAACUCUGUGGUGUUGAGGUUUCUGAACUCUCUGACGGAGUAUCAGAUCACUGUGUUCGCCAUUUACAGCAACUCAGCCAGUGAAGCUCUGAGAGGCAUCGAGACCACCUUGGCGCUGCCGACGGUCAGCAGUCUGGAGCUGUAUGACAUCACUCACAGCACCAUGCGUGUGCGCUGGCGAGAGGCAGAAGGGGCUUCUGGGUACAUGAUCCUGUACGCGCCUCUGACGGAGGGCGACCCCGCGGAUGAGAAGGAGGUUAAAGUGUCCGACUCUGUGACUCAGAUUGAACUGGAAGGUUUAACUCCUGCUACCGAAUACACAGUAACGGUUUACGCCAUGUACGGAGAGGAGGCCAGCGACCCCAUGACCGCGCAGGAGACCACGCUUCGUCUGACUCCUGCUCGUAAUCUGCGCAUCUCAAACGUGAAUCACAGCUCCGCUAAACUAUCCUGGGAUGCGGCGUCUCGGAAGGUCAAAGGUUACCGCAUUGUUUAUGUAAAGACAGAUGCCGUGCAGACCAAUCAGUUGGAAGUGGGUCCGGUAACCACGGUGAUGCUGCGUAACCUGAGCUCCGUGACGGAGUACACCGUCGCCAUCUUGGCUCUCUAUGAGGAGGGGCAAGCAGAAGCGCUGAGCGACACGUUCACCACCAGUGUGGUCCCUCUGCCGCUGAGUCUCAGCUCCAGUGACGUCUCCACGGACAGCUUCAGAGUGAUGUGGAAACAUGCGGCGUCUGACGUCUCGUUCUACAGACUCACCUGGAGACCGGCAGCAGGAGGAGAGACUAAAGAGGUUCUCAUCAACGAUAACUCGACCUGGUUUGUCAUCACGGGUCUCCAGCCUCUGACUGAGUAUGAAGUUUCUCUGUCUGGGAUGUACAGAGAUGAGUCUGAGAGCGAAGCCGUGGAGAUCAGUCAAACCACAGUUGCCAGAACAACACCAGUUACUACAACGACCGUCAGAACGUCUACAGCCGUGCAGCGUCUGGCCAUCAGGAAUCUGCAGCUGAGUGACAUGACGACCUUCAGCAUGCGUGUGUCAUGGGACGCUGCGGGUCCAAACGUGCGUCAAUACCGUGUGUCCUACAUCAGCACGCGAGGGGACCGCGCAGAACAGGUGGCGAUGGUUCCCGCGUCUCAGACCUCAGUGUUGCUGCAGCCUCUCCUGUCGGACACUGAAUACAGCGUUAGUGUGUCUGCGAUCUACAGUUCUGGCGACGGCCCGCCCAUCGCACGCCUUGCUCGCACACUGCCUCUCUCCGCUCCCAGUGGCCUCCGUGUGUCUGAGGAAUGGUACAACCGCUUUCGCAUCAGCUGGGACUCACCGCCCUCUCCCACCAUGGGCUACAGGAUCGUGUACCAGCCCACCUCAGCGGCCGCUCGUGCUCUGGAGACGUUUGUGGGUGAUGAUGUGAACACCAUGCUGAUCCUCAACCUGCUGAGCGGGACGGAGUACAGUGUGAAAGUCAUCGCCACCUACACCACUGGCUCCAGCGAAGCCCUGAGCGGACGGGCCAGAACACUGUAUCUGGGAGUGAGUAACCUCAGCACGUAUCAGGUGCGGACAACCAGCAUGUGUGUGCAGUGGCAGCCUCAUCCACACGCCACCCUGUACCGGCUCACCCUGCAGUCCCAGCUCAACGGUGAGAAACAGGAAGUGAGGUUGUCUGGCUCCGCCUCCAGACACUGCUUUAAUGACCUCACGCCGAACACACAGUACGUGAUAAACGUUCACGCGCAACUGCAGGACACAGAGGGACCGGCUGUCACCACCACACAGAGGACAUUUCCUGUGAGCACGACUCCGCCUACCACAGCCAGAAGCUCCGCCCCUCCACCCACACUUCCCGCCACUAAAGAAGUGUGUCGCGCUGCUAAAGCCGAUCUGGUGUUUCUGGUGGACGGAUCAUGGAGUAUCGGAGACGACAACUUCCAGAAGAUCAUCCGGUUCCUGUACAGCACAGCGGGAUCUCUGGACCAGAUCGGGCCGAGCGGCACUCAGGUGGCCAUCGCUCAGUUCAGCGACGACGCCCGCACCGAGUUCAAGCUCAGCUCGCACGUUAAUAAGGAAACCCUUCUGGACGCCAUUCAGAGGAUCUCAUAUAAAGGAGGAAACACCAAGACAGGCAGGGCCAUGCAGCACGUGAAGGCGUCGGUGAUGACGGAAGUGGGCGGGGCCAGAAGGGGCGUGCCGAAGGUGCUGGUGGUGCUGACGGACGGGCGUUCCCAAGACGACGUGCUCCAGGUGUCCCAGGAGAUCCAGGCCGAAGGUUAUGUGGUGUUUGCCAUCGGGUUCGCCGAUGCCGAUUAUGCCGAGCUGGUGAGUAUCGCCAGUAAACCCAGCGAGAGACACGUGUUCUUCGUGGACGAUCUGGACGCUUUCAGGAAUAUUGAAGAGAAACUGAUUACCUUCGUUUGUGAAGCUGCAUCAGCUACAUGUCCGUCGGUACCUAUGAGCGGCAGCACUUUAUCAGGGUUCAGGAUGAUGGAGAUGUUCGGGCUGGUCGAGCAUCUGUACAGCAACGUGAGCGGUGUGUCGAUGGAGCCGGGGACCUUUAACAGCUUCAGCAGCUUCAGACUUGGCAGCGGCGCACUCCUGACACAGCCCACCAGGUUCAUCCACCCGGAGGGUCUGCCGUCAGACUACACCAUCACCCUUCUGUUCCGGCUGCUCCCGGAGACCCCAGCGGAGCCCUUCGCCCUGUGGGAAAUCCUCAACAGCAACAAUGAGCCGUUAGUGGGAGUCAUUCUGGACAAUGCAGGAAAGACUCUGACUUUUUUCAACACCGAUUAUAAGGGCGAUUUUCAGACGGUGACCUUUGAGGGGGCGGAAAUCCAGAAACUCUUUUAUGGCAGUUUCCACAAGCUGCACAUCGCAGUGAGCACGACCUCGGCUCUGGUGAUGGUGGACUGUAAGUCAGCGGGAGAGAAGCCUGUGAACGCAGCCAGAAACAUCAGCACUGACGGGGUCGAGGUGCUCGGCCGGAUGGUUCGAUCCCGAGGAUCCAAAGACAACUCUGCUCCGUUUCAGCUGCAGUCCUUUGAUAUUGUGUGCAGCACGUCAUGGGCUCGACGGGACAAAUGCUGCGAGCUGCCCAGCCUGAGGAAGGAAUCCGAGUGUCCAUCUCUCCCGCGUGCCUGUACCUGCACUCAGGACAGCAAGGGCCCCCCCGGCCCCCCAGGGCCCCCGGGAGGUUCUGGUACCAGAGGAGCCAGAGGAGAUCGAGGGGAACCCGGCCCUGUGGGUCCAGUUGGUCCGGUCGGGGACGCUGGUGUUCCAGGAGCUCAGGGGCCUCCCGGUCCUCCGGGGCCCAGCGGACGCUCCAUCAGAGGCCCCCCGGGCGCUGCGGGAGAGACGGGGCAGAAGGGAGACGCCGGUCCUCCAGGCCUGCAGGGUGUUCCUGGUUCUCCAGGCUCUCCGGGACGUGAAGGGCCUCCAGGAUCCCGGGGUCUGCCGGGUCCAGACGGUCCUCAGGGACGAGUGGGAGCGCCGGGAACUAUCGGAGGUCCAGGAGCUCCUGGGGCCCCUGGAGAAAACGGCCCUCCAGGACCUAGAGGAGAGCAGGGCCCUCCGGGACUCGCGGGACCCAAAGGAGAGAAGGGUGAGAGAGGUGAAGUCCAGUCCACGUCUUCCGUCCAGGCCAUAGCGAGACAAGUGUGUGAGCAGCUGAUCCAGAGUCACAUGGCGCGCUACAACUCGAUCUUGAACCACGUGCCCAUCCAGCCGGUGUCGAUACGCACGGUCCCCGGGCCCCCAGGGGAGCCGGGUCGGCAGGGGCCUACAGGACCUCAGGGAGAGCAGGGCCCGCCCGGGAGACCCGGAUUCCCCGGCAGCAAUGGAGAGAACGGGCAGCCGGGAGCCAGAGGCCCUCAGGGUGAGAAGGGAGAGAGAGGGAAUCCAGGUGUGGGAGUGCAGGGGCCGAGAGGAGCUGCAGGACCUCCAGGACCCCCUGGUGAAGGCCGGACAGGAAGUACUGGUCCCUCUGGUCGCCCCGGUAACCCCGGGAGCCCCGGCAGACCCGGUACACCAGGACCAGUGGGACCCCCGGGCCCAGCCGGAUACUGCGACCAGAACGCCUGCCUCGGGUACAACGUUGGAGUUCAGCCGUACGGACCCGAGGUCGAGGAGGACGGUGAGCCGUAUGGCAGCUACGGCCCCGACUACCAGCCCAACUACCCCCCGCCCCGGCCCGUGCAGGAGGAGCCUCGACCCGAGGAGGAGGAGCUGCGCUCGCCCGGCGUCCAGCGGCACACGCGGCACACGCGCAGCCUCGCGGACCCGCACGCACGCCGGCCCCGGAGACGCCAGGAGCGCACGUAACCGGCUCACAGGAAACACAUCACCGCAUCACCAGGUCACAGGAAAUGCAUCACCGGCUCACAGGAAACACAUUACCGCAUCACCGGCUGA